UGAUUGGCAUGACGGGGGUGGGAGAGAAUCGCUCGGCAGCGGCGUCCCGAGCCGGAGCACGCCGGCGUUGUGGGCGGAGCCUGCGCGAACCCCGCCCUCCCCUCCCUUGGUAUCUCCCCUCCCCUCCCUUAAAGCACCAGCCCGUCCUCCGCGAGGGCCGCAUAAUAGUGGCGGCGCCUCAGGAGGCGCUUUGUGGUGCCGUUGGGGAGAGAGCGAGCGUGCUCCGCGACACCCGCCACCCCCACUCCUCCUCCUCCUCCUCGUUUCCUCCCUCGUCGCCUCAGCUGGCCCUGUGGCUGGAUGCGGCUGAGCUCGGGUUCCCAGCCUCCGCGCCCCUGCCGCUGUUCGUGAGCCCGGCGCGGUCCAGACGGAGUCCCGGGCGCCGGGCGCCGCCGCCGCAAUGUUUGACAAGACGAGGCUCCCUUAUGUGGCGCUGGAUGUGGUGUGCCUGGUACUGGAUAAUCGUAGGAGAGGCACUUUCUGUGUAUUACAACCGCUUGCACUCCAAUUCAUUUGUGCGGAACAACUAUAUUGCCGCUCUUUACAAAGCCCUUGGGACAUUCAUUUUUGGCGCAGCUAUUAGCCAGUCUCUUACGGACAUUGCCAAGUACUCUAUAGGUAGACUGAGGCCUCACUUUCUGGACAUAUGUGUACCAGAUUGGCCACGGAUCAACUGCAGUGCAGGUUACAUUGAAAACUUCAAAUGCCUUGGAAACAAAGCAAAGAUUAAUGAGGCGAGACUGUCGUUUUACUCUGGACAUUCUUCGUUUUCCAUGUAUUGCAUGCUGUUCCUAGCACUUUAUCUUCAGGCCAGAAUGAAAGGCGAUUGGGCAAGACUUGUGCGUCCUACGUCUCAGUUCGGUCUUAUUGCAGCAUCCAUCUACGUGGGCCUCUCCCGUGUUUCUGAUUACAAACAUCAUUGGAGUGAUGUGUUGACCGGACUUAUCCAGGGAGCACUGGUAGCUAUACUUAUUGCUGUGUAUGUAUCUGAUUUCUUCAAAGACAGAGGUCGUACAUUUAAACAGAAGGAGGAAGAAGAUUCACACACAACCUUACACGAGACACCUACCAGUGGAAAUCACUAUGGCAGUAAUCACCAGCCAUGAUAAAGUCAACUGCUAUUACCCUGUGGAAUCUCCCCUUCUAUAAAAAGAAAAUGUCAAGCAUUUCUGACCUAUGUAAAAAAUUAAUUAAAUGCCUCUUGAAGGGACUGCUGCUGCUAUACUUCUUGGAUGCUCACUUUACAUGUAUAUAGUAACACUUAGGUAUCUAACUUUAAAUCUCUAUUGGUUCAAGCUUUUUUGCUUUAAACACACAGUAUUCUGGCUGUUUUUUUAAUUAAAAAUAAUGUGGUAACACUUAUGUACAAACAGCAAUGGUAUGUAAUAUGCUUGCUAGCAUGAGGCUCAUGGUGAAAUACAUACAAGAAUAUUAAGCAUCUCUCCUGCUUGGGAAGGAUUGGCAGAUUCUGUCGUUAACUUUACACUUCUGCCUCUGAAGAAUAAUUAGUGAUGUUCACACUCCAUGUCAGGACAAUACUUAUAGGUAAAGACUUGCAGCAAAUACAAUAUCUCUCUUGAUUUUGGUAAUGCCUGUUAAGGGAAGAAAAUAAUAUGAUGUCAUAAGAGUAGCUGUAUCUAUUGCUGAUUCUAGCAACAGAAGACACAUUAACAAUGCACCUGAGUUGAAGCUCACUAUCAAUUUCAAAUUGAGUAUCAUUUCCCCAGUUUCCAUCUCAAAUGUGUGUAUAAGGGCUUCCCAGUUAUCUGCUCCAUGAAAGAAUUGGAUCACAGCAGGUAAAGGAUACAUGGAACCUACCAUUAAUACAUAUGGGACACUCUGACUUGUAUAAGAAAUUUAAAAAUUGCCUGUGAAAAGACUCUACAUUUCAAGAUGCAUGCAAUUUAUAAGAAGCUGAACAUACAGACCUUCUGCAAAUUUGUUUUCCAGUUCUGUGUUUCCAAUGGCCUUUGCUGCUUGACACAUCUGUCGAAGCAAUUCUUCUAGCCGCCUCAUACAGCGUAUUAUGCUCCCUGCAUGGGCAAAAAAGGGCUUGCAGUAAAAGCAGACAUUUUCUAAUGAGGAAUAGCAGAUCCUUUUCUACCAGGUAGUUGUAAAGCUGUCUACUCAAGCAGGACUGAAGCAUCUCAGUCCUAUAGUUUUCCCCCAAACAGAUAAUCAUAAGGUCAUAAAUAUUAAUUUUCCCAACUUGCGUUAUCAGAAAGGAUGGGUUCCAACUAAUGUUAUCACGUAUACGUUAACCUACGGCAAUGGUUUUAACUUACUCUUCUUGCACAGACUUCUAAUUGAAGCUCUCGGGCUACCAUCAUAAGAAGCAGGGUACCAAGUUUCCUUCUUCCUAACCACCUGCAUAUUUUUGUGUGUACAUGAAGGAAAUGAAUGGCUUCAUUUCAAAGAUUAUGGGAUACAUUUAGAUACAUGGUGGUGCAGGUAUAAGGUGUGGAAAUCUAUAGGCUAGGAAUGUGUGUACUUCUGUUUGUAAGUUAAAAAGAAAUGAAAUCGAAAUUUUAUCAGCCAGUCUCAGCAAGAGAUUAAAUUUAAUCAUUUGAUUCCGGAUCCAGCAACUCUAGUAAAAAGCCACCUGGAGUCAAUUACCAAAAAGACAGAAGUCUGAGCCAAAAGAAGCUGGGAUAUAUCCUCCAAGGGUUUGCUGCAUGCUGUAUUCUGAGCAAACCAUCACUUUGGUUAUAUAGACUGACUUCUCUUACAGGGCUCAUUAUGAAAAUGCAACCAAGAACAUUUUUACAUCCACAGAAGCAUUUUUGUAUGGUUAAAACAGAGGAUGUAUGUAUGGAGUAAAGGACAUUUAAAUAUACUCCAUCUGCCUUUCUGCUAGACAUACUGAACUAUAUGAACUUUCUACUUUCCAGUCUCUCAACCACAACAUGAUGUACAUGGCCACUGAAAUUUCACUUAGAUGGACUUUGUCAUGACAAAGAGAAAAAGUGCCUUUCUCUCAGUAUUUACUCCUUACUUCCUUCUGUUAAAGGGAUUGCUUAUCUGCCAUAUGGAAACAAGAAUGUGCCAUUUACUCUGCGUUUGCAAAAAUGGGUGUGAUGGUGGUUUGGGGUUAUGCUACUAUGGUCAGUGCCUUGUCUGUGUUUUAUAUAAUUUCUACCCUACCAAUGAAAAUUGCUACUGUGGGCAGCUUACAAAGCUUAAUUAUCCCACCCUGCCUGAUGCUGCAUGUCAAACUUGGCUCAUCAAGCAAGUCUCCAUCUCCAGCUAGAAGCAAAAAGUUCACUUAUUGGGCAAAACUUAUUGCUACUACCUAUCUGCAUGGGAAAGAAGGGUGGGGGACAUUUUUAUAUGGCAUUUGCAAAUGCAACCAUCCACAGAAUUGAUUGUCUGCUUCACUGCUACCAAAUAAAUUGUGUAUAUGACACAAAUGA